AUGAUUCCAAAUUUGGCGAAUAUAAAUGUAAUUAAUUUAAUCAUACUGCAAUGGAGCUGCGGACUGAAUUUGAGCGACAAGGCGGGAUACGCCGUCAAUUUGAUAGAACGGGAGGUAGUUCUGUCGUCGGGUGACAAGAAUUCCAAGAUACCAAUUCUUCACGAGUACAAACAGAGGACGGUAGGAAGAGUCGCCAUCGCGCCGGAUGCACCGAUCAAGCAACAAGCUUGGGUUCAAGAGAAUACGCAAAUGCAGAAGAGUCACGGUUUGACAACGAUGCAACAGCAUCAAGCAAACGCGAUGCAGUCGUCGAACCAAAACUUCCAAAGUCCCCAGCAGCUGCUGCACCAGAAUCAGACGCACCACCAAAGCCCAAGGUUCACCCAACAGCACGCUCAGAAUAUGCAGAGGCAACUGAUGCAGCAGAUGCAUCAGCAGCAGCAACAGUUGGUUGGUCAGAACGCGCAGAGGAACGUGCCACAGAGUUUCUACUCGAGCAGCGUGUCAUACCAGCAGUACCAGCAAGCCAGGCAGGCGAUGUCCAGAUCUCAGAUCGACCUCCCGAGCACCUCGAGACAAGCCCAAGAGCUCAGACUGUCUGGACAGGAGGUCUACUACCAUUACGCCCAGGGCAGGCCCAGGUACGGGGUGCCGCAGCUUUACAUGAAGAACGAGGGGGCCAGUCAGGAAACGGAGUUCCAGAGGAGGAACUCGGCUAAGGGGAUCGAGAAGGCUGCAUCACAACCGCAAUUGUGUUACGAGGAUGAGACGGUCAAUGAGCAGUCGAGGAACGUGGAUGGCGUAAAAGGAAUCACGGUGGAUCCUUUGGACAAGGAAAGAUAUGAGAUCACUGUCGAAGAUCGGGUCAGCGAAUCGCAAAGACGAGACGAAUAUCGUCCGGAAACCAGCUUUGGGAUUCACAGAGAGGACGCAUUGAGAUGUUCGAAGAAGGAACAGGACCAAGUGUACGUACCCAAUCAGGAGAACCAAGAAGCGGAAGGCACGUCGUCCUCGGUCGCUAAGAGGAUCGAGGAGUUGCAGAAACGAGCCGAGGAGAGUCAUUACAACGCAAAAGCGUCGAAGGACGGCGUGGAAUCUGAUAGAACUUGUCCCGGUGGGAAAAUUGCGUUAGGGGACGGUUCGAAGAGAGUGGAGGGUCAGUACACGAAGGAUGGGAUUAAAUCUGAUGCGAGGAAAGACGAAUUGGAGCACGGGAUGAGUCGAUUAAAAAUUCAAAACCAAGGUUCGGGUUCGGACUAUGACAAAACUGGUCAGAGUUCAUCCAACGUCGACUCUGGCAGAGGUUCUGCUGUAUAUUCUAGCGGGAGGCGGCCACCGCCGGAGGACCAGACUCACCCCCCAGUGCAAGAUUCAGAAUGGGUUGACAUAGUGGAGACGGAGCUGAGAAGUAUCCUGGAGCCGAGAGACGUGCCAGCGAUGGCGCAUUCCACCCUCUCGGAGAGCGUGUCGUCGGUCACGCCGCCCCUACCGCCGCUUUCGCCCCACGAGAGUCCCAGAACACCGAGAAAUCGAUACUCGGCUAGCUUACCGUACGGAUCGAAACCAAAUUACACCGAUUACGGGAAGGCGAUGGACAAGAGAGGGUUCUCCGGCAGUUCGAAGCAUCGCGGCCCGUCGAGUUCCAAGAAGGAAGCCGCGAAGAAGUUCUCUCAUCUUUUCGGCGUCGAGGCUGCCGAUCUCACGUCGACCACCACCGGUCUCGAUCUGGACUCCAUGUUGGACAGGAGCGAUUCAGAUUUGAGCACGAACGACGCGAGGACCAUUAGAAAACAGCUCGAGGGCUUAGAAAAUAUGUACAGCGAGGUACUGAAACUACUGGGUGGGAGCGUGAAGAAGAGGCGGAAAGCGAGGGGUCUGGCGAGUUACGGGUCAGUAUCGUCGUUGCCAACAUCCUCCGUCUCUUCGAGGCCCGUCACGAGGCAUCACGAUAAACGGAGGUCGCACGCGAUCGACGACAGGAUGAAGAAAGCCAAAGACAUCAAGAGUAUUAACAAACGUUUUCAACGAUUGGAGUCGCACGUGGUCACCCUCGCAAGAUCGGUGGCACACUUAAGCUCUGAAAUGAGGACGCAGCACUUGAUGAUACAGGAAAUGGAGAACAUAAGGGGCGAGAUAGCCGCGUUGCGGACGCAGACGAGCAUGGCGAUGGUGAGAUCGCAGUCGCAACCGUUGAUCAAAGACUCGGAACUCCCAGCCCUGUCGAAUCCAUCGAGGGUGAAGAAGCUCACCAAGUUCUUCGGAACGGAACCACCUCUCAUCCGGUUAUUCCUCAGGGAACUUGGGUAUGAGAAAUACGCAACCGCGUUCGAGAAGGAGAAGGUCGGCAUGGUGGAGCUUCCUUACCUAAGCGAGGAGAGGCUGCAAAAGAUGGGAGUACCGUUGGGACCCCGGCUCAGGAUCCUGCAGGAGGCGAGGAUAUCGCCGGAGCUCCGAGCACAGUAAGCGCAGUUCGCAGACGAACGCCGCGACGUUCAUCUCUCGUUCACAUCGCGAAGACCCGUGCCG